AUGCAUCUCCUACACAUAUGGUCUCAACAUCUGCCAGGUGUUCUAAACACUUCCUACACAUAUGGUCUAAGCAUCUACCAGGUGUUCUAUGCAUCUCCUACACAUAUGGUCUCAACAUCUGCCAGGUGUUCUAUGCAUCUCCUACACAUAUGGUCUCAACAUCUGCCAGGUGUUCUAAACACUUCGUACACAUAUGGUCUAAGCAUCUACCAGGUGUUCUUUGCAUCUCCUACACAUGUGGUCUCAACAUCUACCAGGUGUUCUAAGCAUCUCCUACACAUAUGGUCUCAACAUCUACCAGGUGUUCUAAGCAUCUCCUACACAUAUGGUCUAAGCAUCUACCAGGUGUUCUUUGCAUCUCCUACACAUGUGGUCUCAACAUCUACCAGGUGUUCUAAGCAUCUCCUACACAUAUGGUCUCAACAUCUACCAGGUGUUCUAAGCAUCUCCUACACAUAUGGUCUCAACAUCUACCAGGUGUUCUAUGCAUCUCCUACACAUAUGGUCUCAACAUCUGCCAGGUGUUCUAAGCAUCUCCUACACAUAUGGUCUCAACAUCUACCAGGUGUUCUAAGCAUCUCCUACACAUAUGGUCUCAACAUCUACCAGGUGUUCUAUGCAUCUCCUACACAUAUGGUCUCAACAUCUGCCAGGUGUUCUAAGCAUCUCCUACACAUAUGGUCUCAACAUCUGCCAGGUGUUCUAAGCAUCUCCUACACAUAUGGUCUCAACAUCUGCCAGGUGUUCUAA